AUGGCGAAUCUAGUGCCUGGUGUUCUGCUCAAGCUUCUCCAGCACAUGAACACCGACGUCAAAAUCGCCGGAGAACACAGGUCCUCUCUCUUACAAGUCGUCAGCAUCGUCCCCGCCUUGGCCGGAGGGGAGCUUUUCCCUAACCAGGGCUUCUAUCUCAAAGUCUCCGAUUCCUCUCACGCCACUUAUGUCUCUCUCCCUGAUGAGCACGAUGAUUUGAUUCUCAGCGACAAGCUCCAAUUAGGUCAGUUUAUCCAUGUCGAUAGGGUCGAAUCCUCCUCCCCUGUCCCGAUUCUCCGCGGCGUCAGGCCCGUUCCCGGUAGGCAUCCUUGUCUUGGCACUCCUGAAGAUAUCGUAGCUACUCACGCACUAGGGUUCCUCAGUGAUGACAAGGUCAGUGAUAAUGGUCUUGCUGCUGCUGCUAAUUGCAAUGGCUCGAAACCGAAAGAGAGAGCUAAGGCAACAAGUGCCAAAGGAGGAGUGGUUCCUAAUGAGGCCGAGAGACCACUGGGAAACAGACUGAGCGUUAGCACUUCUAGGGAUGAAUCUUCUGAGGGUAAGAAGCCGUCUGCUCUGUUCCGAGCCAAGUCUGCUAAAUCGAGCUUGGUUUUGGAUGUGAGGAAAGAAUCAUUGGGGAAGUUGAAGACUUGUUCGGGUUCCAAGUCAAUCCCUUCUUCCCCGACGAGCUGUUAUUCGCUGCCUAACUCUUUUGCAAAGUUUGCAAAUGGGAUUAAGGAGCAACAGCAGGUGAAGCCGAAGCUGUUGGAGAAAGGUUCUCCUAGGAUGGGAUUGUCUGACAAGGGGAGGUCUCUGAUCAAACCGGAGAGCCCGAAUGUCGGGAAAAAGCUUCCCAUGAUUAAGAAUUUCGUGCAGGGGAUUGAGUUUGGAGCUAAGGCGUUGAGGAAAAGCUGGGAAGGGAAUUUAGAUAUUAGGAGUUCGGAUAGCACCAGAAUGAAGCUUGCCAAACGCGAUUCGACCCCUGAUGCCCGGAGUUUAACAGUAAGCUCUUUUUAG